GGAUGGCGGCCUGGGCGCCGUAGCAGCGGCGGCUCUACGGCCCGGGGCCCGGGCGGGCGGAGGUGGCGGCUCCCGGGACCGGCCGCGCGCAAUGAUGUUGUCCACUGGGCAUGUACUGACCAAUGUGGCAGGUCUGAGAACAUAGCUGAAGCUGAAAAUAGGAAAGCUGGGGGCAAGGAAGAGCCUUGAAUCUUGAGGUGGGACGUUGACUCUAAGAUGUCCUUGAGCAGUGGAGCCUCCGGAGGGAAAGGAGUGGAUGCAAACCCGGUUGAGACAUACGACAGUGGGGAUGAAUGGGACAUUGGAGUAGGGAAUCUCAUCAUUGACCUGGACGCCGAUCUGGAAAAGGACCAGCAGAAACUGGAAAUGUCAGGCUCAAAGGAGGUGGGGAUACCAGCUCCCAAUGCUGUGGCCACACUACCAGACAACAUCAAGUUUGUGACCCCAGUGCCAGGUCCUCAAGGGAAGGAAGGCAAAUCAAAAUCCAAAAGGAAUAAGAGUGGCAAAGACACUAACAAACCCACUCCAGGGACUUCCUUGUUCACUCCAAGUGAGGGGGCAGCUAGCAAGAAAGAGGUGCAGGGGCGCUCAGCAGAUGGUGCCAAUUCAGGAGGUCUGGUUGCUGCUAUUGCUCCCAAGGGCUCAGAGAAGGCGACUAAGGCGUCCCGCAGUGUAGCCGGCUCCAAAAAGGAGAAGGAGAACAGUUCGUCUAAGAGCAAGAAGGAGAGAAGCGAAGGAGUGGGGACUUGUUCAGAAAAGGAUCCUGGGGUCCUCCAGCCAGUUUCCUUAGGAGGACGGGGUGGUCAGUAUGAUGGAAGUGCAGGGGUGGAUACAGGAGCUGUGGAGCCACUUGGGAGUAUAGCUAUUGAGCCUGGGGCAGCGCUCAAUCCUUUGGGAGCUAAACCGGAGCCAGAGGAAGGGGAGAAUGAGUGUCGCCCGCUAAAGAAAGUCAAGUCUGAAAAGAUGGAGUCCCCUGUCUCCACACCAGCGGUGCUACCACUACACCUUUUGGUGCCAGUGGUCAAUAAUGACAUCUCAUCUCCCUGUGAGCAGAUCAUGGUUCGUACCCGAUCAGUUGGAGUCAACACAUGUGAUGUGGCUCUAGCCACAGAACCUGAGUGCUUGGGCCCCUGUGAGCCUGGAACCAGUGUCAACCUUGAAGGCAUAGUGUGGCAGGAAACAGAAGAUGGGAUGUUGGUGGUAAAUGUGACAUGGAGGAACAAGACCUAUGUAGGUACCCUUCUUGACUGCACACGGCAUGACUGGGCGCCCCCAAGGUUCUGUGACUCCCCCACCAGUGACUUGGAAAUGCGCAAUGGGCGGGGUCGAGGCAAACGCAUGCGUCCCAACAGUAACACACCUGUCAAUGAGACAGCCGCUGCUUCUGACAGCAAAGGGACUAGCAGCAGCAGCAAAACCCGAGCGGGAGCCAACAGCAAAGGCCGUCGGGGCAGCCAGAAUUCGUCAGAGCAUCGCCCACCUGCCAGCAGCACUUCGGAGGAUGUCAAGGCCAGCCCUUCCUCGGCUACUAAGCGAAAAAACAAGCCCCUCUCAGACAUGGAGCUGAAUUCCAGCUCAGAGGACUCCAAAGGGAGCAAGCGUGUCCGGACGAAUUCCAUGGGCUCAGCCACUGGCCCCCUCCCUGGGACCAAGGUAGAACCCACUGUUGUGGACAGAAAUUGUCCCUCCCCGGUCCUGAUUGACUGUCCCCACCCAAACUGCAACAAGAAGUACAAGCACAUCAAUGGGCUGAAGUACCACCAAGCUCACGCCCACACGGAUGACGACAGCAAGCCGGAAGCGGACGGGGACAGUGAGUAUGGGGAGGAGCCCAGCCUCCACGCAGACCUCACGGGCUGCAACGGCGCAGCGCUGUCACAGAAAGGUUCCCUGUCCCCUGCCCGCUCAGCUACCCCCAAAGUUCGGCUCGUAGAGCCCCAUAGCCCUUCUCCUUCAGGCAAAUUCAGCACAAAAGGCCUCUGUAAGAAAAAGUUGAGUGGGGAAGGGGACACAGACCUCGGGGCCUUAUCCAAUGACGGCUCUGAUGACGGACCCUCGGUCAUGGAUGAAACAAGCAAUGAUGCCUUUGACUCUUUGGAAAGGAAGUGUGUAGAAAAAGAAAAAUGCAAAAAACCGUCUGGUUUGAAACCUGAAAAGAUUCCUUCCAAGAGCUUGAAGUCCGCCCGGCCCAUUGCCCCUGCCAUCGCCCCGCAGCAGAUGUACACCCUGCAGACGGCUGCCUUCACGGCAGCCAACCCGGGCCCCUCCGCGGGCCUCACCGCCACCGUGGUCCAGGCCGUGCCCAGCAGUCCCCAGCUCAAGCCCAUUCAGCCCAAGCCCACGGUCAUGGGAGAACCGUUCACGGUCAACCCUGCCUUGACUCCAGCCAAGGACAAGAAAAAGAAAGACAAAAAAAAGAAGGAGUCUUCAAAGGAACUGGAAAGUCCCCUGACUCCGGGGAAGGUGUGUCGCGCAGAGGACGGCAAAAGCCCCUUCCGGGAAUCGUCGGCAGAUGGGAUGAAAAUGGAGGGGCUCCUCAAUGGCUCGUCAGACCCCCACCAGAGCCGCCUCGCUAGCAUCAAGGCCGAGGCUGACAAGAUCUACAGCUUCACGGACAAUGCCCCCAGCCCCUCCAUCGGAGGCAGCAGCCGCCUCGAUAGCACCACUCCCACCCAGCCCCUGACUCCCUUACACGUGGUGACGCAGAACGGAGCCGAAGGCAGCUCCGUCAAGACCAACAGCCCUGCCUACUCCGACAUCUCUGACGCUGGGGAGGAUGGGGAGGGCAAGGUGGACAGCGUCAAGUCGAAGGACUCUGAGCAGCUGGUUAAGGAAGGGGCUAAGAAGACGCUAUUCCCCCCUCAAGCUCAGAGCAAAGAGUCGCCGUACUACCAAGGCUUCGAGAGCUACUACUCUCCAAGUUACGCGCAGUCCAGCCCAGGGGCCCUGAACCCCGGCAGCCAGGCAGGAGUGGAGAGCCAGGCCCUGAAGACAAAAAAGGACGACGAGCCCGAGAGCCUGGAGGGGAAGGUGAAGGGCGACGGCUGUGAGGAGAAGAAGCCCGAGCUGAGCAGCUCCAGCCAGCAGCCCUCCGUCAUCCAGCAGCGGCCCAGCAUGUACAUGCAGUCCCUGUACUACAACCAGUACGCCUACGUGCCGCCCUACGGCUACAGCGACCAGAGCUACCACACCCACCUGCUGAGCACCAACACGGCCUACCGGCAGCAGUACGAAGAGCAGCAGAAGCGGCAGAGCCUGGAGCAGCAGCCGCGGGGAAUGGACAAGAAGGCAGAGCUGGGCCUGAAGGAGCGGGAGGCGGCCCUCAAGGAGGAGUGGAAGCAGAAGCCGUCGGUUCCCCCGACUCUCACCAAGGCCCCCAGCCUGACAGACCUGGUGAAGGCGGGGCCUGGCAAGGCCAAGGAGCCCGGGGCGGACCCUGCCAAGUCGGUCAUCAUCCCCAAGCUCGACGACUCCUCCAAACUCCCCGGCCAGGCCCCGGAGGGCCUCAAAGCGAAGCUGAGUGAGGCCGGCCACCUAGGCAAGGAGGCCGCCGAGGCUAAGACAGGUGCUGAGUGUGGCCGGCAGGCAGAGGUGGAUCCGAUACUCUGGUACCGACAGGAGGCAGAGCCCCGGAUGUGGACGUAUGUUUAUCCUGCCAAGUACUCCGACAUCAAGUCAGAGGAUGAACGGUGGAAGGAGGAGCGGGAUCGCAAAUUGAAGGAGGAAAGGAGUCGGAGUAAGGACUCUGUCCCCAAGGAGGAUGGGAAGGAAAGCACAAGUAGUGACUGCAAGCUGCCCACGACUGAGGAGUCCCGCCUUGGGAGCAAGGAGCCCCGGCCAAGUGUCCAUGUGCCUGUGUCCUCCCCCCUCACCCAGCACCAGUCCUACAUUCCCUACAUGCACGGCUACUCCUACAGCCAGUCCUAUGACCCCAACCACCCCAGCUACCGGGGCAUGCCUGCUGUGAUGAUGCAGAACUACCCAGGUUCCUACUUGCCUUCUAGCUACUCUUUCUCCCCGUACGGCAGCAAGGUCUCAGGUGGCGAAGACGCUGACAAGGCGCGAGCCAGCCCCAGCGUCAGCUGUAAAGCCAGCUCUGAGUCCAAAGCCCUGGACAUCUUGCAGCAACACGCCAGUCACUACAAGAGCAAGUCUCCCACGAUAAGUGAGAAAGCUUCUCAGGAGAGAGAUCGGGGAGGCUGUGGGGUAGUUGGGGGUGGUGGCAGCUGUAGCAGCGUCGGGGGAACAGGCGGGGGUGAACGCAGCGUCGACCGGCCCCGCACUUCUCCUUCCCAGCGCCUGAUGUCCACACACCACCACCACCACCACUUGGGGUACUCACUGCUCCCAGCACAGUACAACCUACCCUAUGCAGCAGGGCUCUCUUCUACCGCCAUUGUUGCCAGCCAGCAAGGCUCAACCCCCUCGCUCUACCCACCCCCCAGGAGGUGAGAAUGAACACCAAGUGCCCGGAUAAAGUCAGCUUCACGGGCCCGGACUGGCUCACACAAGGAGGUGCUGGAGGUGCCAUUUAGACAUCAGUUAAAUGGUGUUGAUCAUCCUGUUUGCCGUUUCCACCGCGACUGAAGGCAGGCCCUUGGCUGUCUCGCCUCUACCAGACCCUUGGACUCCCCCACCCUCCCUCUUCCUCAGGAGCUGGCAAGCUGGUACUUAGCGAAAUAUUUAUUCUCUCGGCCACAGUCAAGACUGUUGUGGCCUCUGUGGAGAUGAAGGCAUGGGGAGUAGCCAGGGGAAUGUGGCCUCAGCCCAGAGAAGUCACUGCUCUGUGCCCCAAAGCCGGGUCUGCUGCCAUGGCAGUGCCGCCCUCCCCUGCCCCCAGGAGGGACCUCCAGGUACUGCCGAAUGCUGAAGACAGCACAGCAGCCAUACCCCUCUCACCGUCGUCACCACCACCGCCAGACCCUGCAUCUCCCCAGUGGUCUGGGCCCUGGGCAUUGGCAGCACGUGGAGGAAUUAGAAUCUCAGGAAAGAAACCGGGGGUUGUUUUCCCUAUUGUGAAAACAAGGUCUUCAAACACGGAGACUUCUCCCUCUUACAUGAGCACAUAUAAACGCUCAGCGCCCAGCCUGGGGAGGAAGAGCAAGGCGUUUGUCCCACCACGGCCUUGAGCUCCCCGCCAGGCAGAGGGCAGGGGUCCAUCACCAGCACAGGGCUCGCCAGGGAUUCUGGGAGUACGCCGGGCUGGAACAUGGAGUCUGUGAAGUAGAACCUGCGUCCCCACUAUGAAGUCCUGCUGCUUCCUUUCCCCAACUCCUCGCCCUGUCCUCUUCCCUCCUAACCCCUUGGAGCCUUUCCCAGGGGACCCCCACACUGCCCUCCCCGCUUCUUUUCCAUUGCUUGGCCCUUAAGACUCAGGCAGGUCACAUGGUCUUUUCCCCAACACUGGGGACCCUCAGAGUUUGCCGGGUCACCUGAGGGCAAGGCCGGGAGGCAGGCCCUGCCAGCCCCCAGCAGUGUCCACUCAACCAUCUGAGUGUCUUCCUCACUUAGGGCCACAGACGCAUAGAGAAUCCAGUUCCUAUGUACAAACAUGCGAUUUUAUAUAGCCCAUUCGAUAACCCCCAUGUGUGCCAAUGGAAGCCGUGUUCGUGACACACAUUUUUGUUUUAGGGGCCAUGGCCAUGGGAGGUUAUUUAUUCCUUAGACCUGGGAAAACCACCUAGAAGCGUUACUCUUCGAGUGCACAGCGCGCUCAGCGGAGCUGUGCCCAGAGGCGGCGGGCAGGUCUGCGGGUCUGCGGGCCUCCGGGCCUCCGGCCUGUGGGGGUGCAGCGUCUGCCAGCGCGAGCUUGCUGCUCCCGUGCUGGGAGACUGCUGAUUCGGAAGCUUUACUGGAGUCACUUCCUCCCCAGGGCGUGGGGAGCUUUCGCUCCUGCUCUGCUGUUGAGGUGUCAGCCCUUCCUUCUCCUCCCCUCCCGUCUUUCCUGGACCCUCUGGAUUGAGACAGAGCUCACGAGUGACAGACACCAGCUAGGCUAAACAAGAGCGUUUAUGACCAGAGUGCCAAAGUGACUAAGAGAAGAAACUUGGCUCUGAUUCACUGUGGAGCAGGGCCGGCGGGGGACAGUAAGCACAAUGCCCAGUAGGGGGCGGUCUCUGCGAACCCUAAAGCCCCAUCAGAGGCCAGCUUAGGGACGUUCUUCCAAGGGGAACCCCUCCGACCCACAGCCCUUCCUGUAGGUUCCAUUCAAGUUGGGUUCUGAGUCCUCCCAAAGAACCCAUUGUUUUAGACCUCGCGACAGGCCCCAGGAAGCUUCCGUCACACAUCGCCCCUCUGCCUGCUGCCCCAGUGGGCCGCGCUCUGAGCAGCAACUUUCACCCCUCUCCUCCCCUCUCCUGAGUCAGCCCUGCCAAGAGGGAAACUGAAUUUCAGCCCGAUUUGCCCUCCCAGGCUCCUGUGGGGCGGAGGCAAGGCCCGUCUAUGUUCCUGUUUGUUUUUAAAUAUUGUUGUGUGUUUUGUACUAUCUGUGGCACUGGCCUACAGCGUGCUCUGUACAUAUUGUAAAGAAACUGUCAGGAGUGACCCUCUUUCUCCCUGGGCAGGCGCGGCCCCACCUCCCCACCCUUUCCGCUUUGUUCUGUGGAGGAGGGACUUCUGUAUUUGCAGGGCAGCCUUGGGCUUUGGGUUCUGCAGAAGGGAACCGCUUUUUUUUUUUUUUUUUUUUUUUCUCCCUUAAAAACAUUUGGCUCUCUGAUUCUUAUACCCAAGCCUCCCUUGAGGAGUCAAAGCUGCCCAGUAGAGCAGGCGGAAGUGCCAGUGGCACAGCGGUGAUCCUUUCCCAGGGAUCCCCACGUGGAUCCCUUCACUGUUUCCUGAAGGGACCCGGCUUCCCUCUGUGAAAUGACAGGAAAGCAGCGACAGCAACCUGAGGGUCCUUGACAAGUGCUGAGUCCACCCCCAGGCUCUGCUCCACAUGGGGAGGAGACACUUAGGUGGGGGCCACCUCUGGACCCACGACCUGCCCAGCCGGCAGAGGGAUGUGACGCUCAGCAAGGAUCCCCGCCCCACAAGCCACGUCUACACAGGUUUGCUGCUAAGGGCCCAGACCCAGCCUCUCUCUGAGCCACACCUGCUGCUCCUUGGGCUCCCCAUGGAAAAGAAGCGAAAGGGAAAGUGCGCCUCCUCCCCAGGGAGGCUAGCCAAGGCCUGGAUCGCGGCUCUUCGGGAUUCAUGGCGACUUUGCCCGCAUUGAAGGUGUGCCAGUUCCCUGCGUCCCCUUCCUCUCCCUUGUACAUGUGAAUGUACGUGGACGAGAUGUCCUUCUUACCCCCUUCUCUCCACACAUCUCAAGGUCAAAAGAAACACACAAAAGGCUGAGCGGUCACCCCGUGAAAUCAAAUGGUGAUUUCCUGAGUCUCAGCUCUGCAGGCUCCAGAGCAGGGGUGGGAGGACGUAGCUUCGGGAGUUAGGAGCUAGGACUGCAGAAGGGCUAGAGAAUUCUUGUACGUGGCUUUGAGGCCACCCAUGUCACUUACUAACCCACAUAACCUAGUCACCACCCAGACGUCUACUCUGAUUCCCCCAAGAUUUAACUGGGCAGCUAGUUGGCCUCAUAAUUCUGGGCCUUCGUCGUUUGUUUCAUUACCAGGGCGUCCCAGGAAGCUCCCCAGCGAUCCCCUGCCAUGGGCCCCUCCUGGGAUCAAGCCCCUCCCAGGCCCGUCCCCCGCCCCUCCUGCCCCAGCCCACCCGCUUGCCUUGGUGCUCAGCCCCCCCACGGGGAGCAGGUUGGGGCGAGCGGAGGCCGGGCUGGAGGGGCAGUGUUGUUGUUCAUAGCUUUUGUUCCAUUGGUGUUGCUCUGUUGGAUUUAAUUUCAGUCUUCCUGAUUCUUCCCUUCUGUAAAGUGUACAUUACCAAGUUCCUUGUUUUUUAUAUAUAUAUAUAAAUAUAUAUAUAUACAAACUGUACUCUUUUUGCCUUUGUACAUUCAGGCAAGAAGAGAAAAUAAAUCUUUUUAAGAGACAAUCAAAAAUCUGUGAGGGCUGCUGGUUAUUUCUCCUGGGGUUUGCUGCUGAGCUGCCGCCUCCCGUCCCCGCCUUUCCGCUCCCUAAGCCCCUGCUCCUGUCCCUGCCCCUGCUCCACGUGCGUCCUCAGCUUCUUCCCUGGCUGACAGCAAGUCAUUGAACCAGUGUCCGGACUGCCUGCAGCCCUUUCCUGCCCAUCACUGUUCUCUGGCUCAGUCCAGGAGCUUUAUCCUGUGCCCCAGCCUGCCUUCUCCUCACCUCUAGAUCCCAUUCACCGAAGUGGCUUAGGACCCCUGGGAACUCUGACCCGUCGUCCAGAGGCCCUUGCUUUGGACACGCACCUGUGUAACUAUGCAGCUGGGAGCUCUCUGCCCACGAGUUUGCACUACUUAAACCUGCCUAGUGUUCAGGAUGGAUGGCUUUUAGGAACGAGUAGGAAACUACCCCCAACACUGCUCCCCCGCCCUUACAUCCAGCCUCCAGAGUGCCUGAUCCAGAGCCCAGCGGCUCGCUCAUUGGCUCAUCCAGGGCCGGUGGACUGCUACAGUUACCCCUCAGAACAAGGGCUAAGGGCUGGUGGGUCAAGAGCGUCUGCUCAGAACUCCAAAGGGUGAUGCAUCCCGAAACAGCCCCCACCAUUGUUGGGCCGCUUUCUCUUCCCACCCUUUCCUCCUCCCUCUGUCCUCUUCUCACCACUCCCUCUUCUUAACUGGCUUUGGAAUUGAAAUAUAUUUUUAAAUUAUUUGUUGUAUUUAUUGAAUAAAGUUUUUAAUGUCCCUGUUCUUAAAUUUAGACUUAGUUUGCCUUUCACGUACCUCUCCUGUCUCGCUCCCCCACCCCACAAAAUGUUCUAAGUUGUUUUUAGUUGGAGCACAGCCUUCGAGUGUUCCUUUCCUGUCAGUGGUCUUCAGCAGCACAACUCUAUGAAAGGGAAGCCUUGACUGGGUGCUGGGUGUCCAGUUCAGUCCUACCUCUGGCUGCACUGAAGAGGAGCCACCAACAGAUGGCAGCAGUCUCAAGUGUGUUUCUCUGAGGUUUGGGGAGGGGGAGGAGUUAAAGGACUGAGUUUUGGUUCUUCCUUUAAGAUUUUAUUUCUUUGAAAGAGUUACAGAGAGAGGGAAGGAGGAAAGACAGAGCUCUUCCAUCCGUUAGUUCACUCCACAGAUGACUGCAACAGCCAGGACUGGGCCAAGCUAAAGCCAGGAGCUGCUUCAUCUAGGACUCCCGUGUGGGUGGCAGGAGUCCAAGCACUUGGGCUGCCAUCUGCUGCUUUGCCAGGCCAUUAGCAGGGAGCUGGAUCAGAAGUGGAGCAGCCAGGACACAAACCAGCACCCCGUAUGGGAUGCCAGCACUGCAGGUGGCAGCUGUACUCACUACGCCACAAUGCCAGCCUCUCCCCACCCCCGCUGCUGUUCUUCCUUUCUUAAAAAUGUCUUGGGUUUAACAUCUGA